AGAAAAGACUUUACAAAUUUCUCAUUCUCUCUUCUUCUUCUGAGUCUCUCUCUCUCUAUGCCAUUGCCAGCCAGAAGCCCACAAACAUGGCUUCAACGACGACGACCAUGGCGAUCAUGGAUAUAGCGACGCUCACUCUGAGAAGCUCCUUUGGCAGCUUUGCUCUGUUGUUCGUGCUCUUGAUUUCGACCAAAGUCACGACCAGCGUCGCUCUAAACAACGCCUUUUUGAGCGUCAAGUACAAGUACGCAGGCCGCGAGCCUUCCUUGAGUGCCCUUAAAGCUCACGAUACCCAGCGGACCCUUCGGAUUCUCGCCGGCGUUGAUCUCCCUUUGGGUGGCUCUGGCCGCCCUGAUGCCGUCGGUCUGUACUACGCUAAAAUUGGCAUUGGAACACCUACGAAGGACUACUAUGUGCAAGUUGACACUGGAAGUGAUAUUAUGUGGGUCAACUGUAUUCAAUGCAAAGAUUGCCCACAAAAAAGCUCACUUGGUAUUGAUCUUACACUAUAUGAUGUUAAGCAGUCUUCCACUGGUAAAUUGGUUACUUGUAAUCAAGAAUUUUGCUUAGAGGUGAAUGAUGGUCCACUGUCUGGAUGUGCGGGUAAUAUGUCAUGUCCCUAUCUACAAAUAUACGGAGAUGGCAGCUCCACUGCUGGUUAUUUUGUCAAAGAUGUUGUGUUUUAUGAUCGAGUGUCUGGUGACCUCCAAACUACCUCUGCCAAUGGGAGCGUCAUUUUUGGGUGUGGUGCUACACAAUCUGGUGAUCUAGGCUCAUCCGGUGAAGGAGCACUUGAUGGAAUACUUGGCUUUGGAAAAUCAAAUUCUUCAAUUAUUUCACAGCUAGCUUCAUCUGGAAAAGUGAAGAAGAUGUUUGCUCACUGCUUAGAUGGGAAGAAUGGAGGUGGUAUCUUUGCUAUUGGGCGAGUUGUGCAGCCAAAAGUUAAUAUGACUCCUUUGGUACCAAACCAGCCGCACUACAAUGUCAACAUGAAAGCUGUUCAAGUUGGCCACACUUUUCUAAAUCUUCCAACAGAUGUGUUUGAAGCGGGAGAUAGAAAAGGGACAAUAAUUGACAGUGGUACAACCUUGGCUUAUCUUCCAGAUGUGGUUUAUGAGCCCUUAGUAAGUAAGAUUAUCUCUCAGCAGAAGGAUUUGAAUGUUCAAACUGUUCACGGAGAGUAUACAUGCUUUCAGUACUCAGGAAGUGUUGAUGAUGGAUUUCCUCCAGUCACCUUAUAUUUUGAAAAUUCACUUUCUUUGAAGGUGUAUCCACAUGACUAUUUGUUCCCUUAUGAAGCCUUUUGGUGUAUCGGUUGGCAAAACAGUGGGAUGCAAUCAAGCGAUAGGAAGAACUUGACCCUUUUGGGAGAUUUGGUACUUUCGAAUAAGCUAGUCCUGUACGAUCUUGAAAAUCAGACCAUUGGAUGGACUGAGUAUAACUGUUCGUCAAGUAUUAAAGUACAGGAUGAACAGAGUGGAACAGUACAUUUAGUAGGUUCUCACUAUAUUUCUUCUUCUGCUUGCCAUUUGAAUACCGGACGGGCUAUAAUCUUCUUGUUGCUAACCAUGCUGCUGCACAGUCUAGUUUAGUGAGGAGCAACAACUAAAACAAAAUACUGACAGCCAGAUUCAAGAUAAAGAAAAUUAAAAGAUAGAGAAAAUAUAAUGAAAAUUCUUGUUCAGAUAUGGUGUAUAGAGAGUUGGUGAUUUCUGUAUUUACACCCAAGGUGAAAAACUUAAGCUAGGAUAGAACUUGUGGUCUUGAAUCUUCACUCACUCUGGGUUAUAGUUUUUUAUGCCCAUUGUGAAUUUGUGGAGAUUUAUGAGAGCUUACUUGCUUCAAAAUGCUUGAGAAUAUUGUAUAUGAUUUCAAGUCGUGAAUUGUGUUGGCUUAGGUCCUGAAAGAGAUUUGUACAUAAUAUCCUUGGUAUAUUUCCUUUCGCAGCUCCUCUGGUGUAAGGGCUUUUUUCUAACUGCAUGUACACUUGAGGAGACGGAGGGCUAUUUUUUUGUUCAAAAGGAGAGAUCAUUACUAAAA